CUUAAUUUGAGUCAAUUGAGUAGAGGUUAGCGCAAAGUGCUUGGUUUACUGCAAGCAAACCCAAUCUUCGUAGACAUACAAGAAGAGAGAGAUAAGUUAGUAAGUUAUCAAAUAACUGGGGUCCGAUGUGGUCUGCGUGCCGAGUUUAUGGUUCUACAUAUGUAAAGUGAGUGUCACCAACGCGGUGCAAUUUCGUAGAGCGAAUUGAAGACGUUUAGUGGAUCGUAUCAUCUUGACCGGGAGGUUUCAAGCUACUUCAAGUUCGCAGCAGAAAUUCAACAUGAGCUCUACAAUUGGUGGUUAUAAAUUGGGGGCCGUGAUCAUUGAGGGUAAAACUAAAAAAGUGUAUGAUCUCCCAGAAAAUCCAGGCUUGUGUUUGAUUCUCAGCAAGGAUCGUAUUACUGCUGGGGAUGGAGUGAAAGCCCAUGACUUAGUUGGAAAAGCAGAAAUUUCCAACAAAACGAAUGGAAAGGUAUUCGAACUUCUUAAUCUUGCUGGAAUUGAGACUGCAUAUGUGAAAGCUGCUGCUGAAAAUGCAUUUAUUGCGAAAAAGUGUCAAAUGAUUCCCAUUGAAUGGGUUACAAGACGUUUGGCGACUGGAUCAUUCCUCAAGCGUAAUAUCGGGGUCCCUGAGGGCCAUCGAUUUGCACCGCCAAAACAGGAGACUUUCUUCAAAGAUGACGCAAACCAUGACCCCCAAUGGUCUGACGAACAGAUUCUAUCAGCAAAAUUCACAUUUAACGGAUUGUUGAUUGGUUCUGAUGAAAUCAAAAUUAUGAAGAAGAUGUCAAGGUUGGUGUUUGAAGUCCUGGAGAAAGCGUGGGCUACAAAGCAAUGUGCCCUUAUUGAUAUGAAGAUUGAGUUUGGUGUAGAUUCAGAUGGUAACAUCCUGGUAGCUGAUGUAAUUGAUUCCGAUUCGUGGCGACUUUGGCCAUCAGGUGACAAGAGACUCAUGGUCGACAAGCAAGUUUAUCGGAACCUAACAACCGUAACUCAGAGUGACUUAGACACUGUGAAACGCAAUUUCACGUGGAUCUACGAACAAUUGGAGACCAUUUUGCCGGGAAAUGACAACCUUGUGGUAAUACUCAUGGGGAGUCCUUCAGAUAAGGCCCAUUGUGAUAAAAUUGCAAAGCAUUGCCACGAGUUGGGCCUUAAUGUUGAGCUAAGAGUUACAUCGGCACAUAAAAGCACAGAGGAUACAUUGCGUAUUAUACAUGAAUAUGAAAAUGUUGUAAACAAUUUGGUGUUUAUUGCUGUGGCUGGACGCUCAAAUGGUUUGGGUCCUGUGUUAUCAGGAAAUACAACAUAUCCCGUGAUAAACUGUCCUCCACUCAAGCCAGAGAAUGUGGAGAUAGAUAUUUGGUCAAGUUUAAAUUUACCAUCUGGCCUAGGGUGCCCUACUGUGCUAUAUCCAGAGGCUGCUGCCUUGCAUGCUGCUCAAAUCUUCGCACUGACAAAUUAUCUUAUUUGGUCCAAGUUAGCUGUGAAGCAAUUCAAUAAUAUAAGAAAUUUGAAGAAGGCUGAUCGUGAGGUGCGGGGUGUAAGCAAAGCAUAAAUCUUAUGGAAUCCUGCACGUAGGUUAGUUAAAGAUACACCAAUCAUUUGAAAAUGUUUUCUAGUUCUAAUAAAAAUUAUGAGUUUCUUUGUAAACUUACACUUUUUUUUACUAAAUGUCAGUUCGAAAAGUUAAUAAUAAAGGAAUAAAUACAGAUUAUUUCCAA